AUGAUCUCUCCUCUUCUCACUCUCCCGUACGAGCUGCGCCUGCAGAUAUGGCGCCUUGUUCUCGGUCCAACUGAAGUCCAGCCUUGCAAAUGUCCCUCGAAACCCGGCACGUGCAAGUUCAAUCACCCUGGUUCAUGCUGUGAAGGCUUCGACGUUGAUAUAUGCUGCGAUAACCGCCUCCUGAGGGCAUGCCGCCAGAUCCACGACGAAGUCCGCCCGCUGCUCACCCCGCCAAAGCUAUUCAUUGUGUGUAACGGGCUCUGCAUGGAGAGUUUGUUCUUGGGCAUCCAGUCCCCGCAUCGCAGGUGGAUCAAGCGUGUGAGAGUGGAUUUGUAUGUUGGCGAACUCACACAGAAUGCCUUGAGCGGUCUGAGCGGUCAAGAGCUGUUGCAGAGGGCAGAGACCUGCUGCGGACCCAUCGUCCAAAGUGCGUUGAAGUGUCAGGGAGUCGGAUGUCUGUUAGAUGUGGCGAUCAGCGAAGGUAGCAAUGCAUAUGUCAUUGGUGCCAUUGAUGCCAUUGAUGCCAUUGCACAGCGGCUGCCUACAAUCGGCCAGGCUCAUGCCCUCUGCAAGCUCGCUCAAGCGACGCUAUAUAAACGCCAGGACAAGUGGGGAUCCGGUGGCUGGCCAGACUUUUCAGUCAGCUCAUUCUUCGACCUUCACAGGGGAAACAGAAUCUCGAUAACUCCCAGCAAGGACUUGGGCCCGAGCACGGCAUUCUGA